AAUUUCAAACCUUCCUUCCUUCUUCUUCUUCUUACUCCUCUUCCUGUGGCUGCAACUUGGCCACACCUGCAUCUCUGGUUCUGUUUCCAUAGUAGCUUUGGUGGGCCGUGCCUCACUCAUUGAGAUACUUCUGAUAUAUACUGGUCUAAUUAAGGAGGAGAGUUGUUUAUUAUGACCAUGAAGAACCCGCAGUCAUCCCUGCCCCCCGGUUUUAGGUUCCACCCGACCGACGAAGAGCUAAUCCUCCAUUACCUCCAGAAGAAGGUGUCCUCGAUCCCCCUCCCCGUCUCUAUCAUCGCGGAAGUCGAUAUCUACAAGUUUGAUCCAUGGGAGUUGCCAGAUAAGGCGGCGUUUGGUGAGAAAGAGUGGUACUUCUUCAGUCCUAGGGACCGGAAGUACCCGAAUGGCGCCAGGCCGAACAGGGCAGCCGCCUCCGGGUACUGGAAGGCGACUGGCACGGACAAGGUCAUAAUGACCUCGGCGUCGAGGGGAGCCCAAAAUGAGAACAUCGGCGUCAAGAAGGCCCUGGUCUUCUACAGAGGAAGGCCUCCUAAGGGAACCAAGACUAACUGGAUCAUGCACGAGUACCGGCUCACGGAAUCUCCGUGCACCCUCACCCCGACCAACAGGCCCACGAGGCUCAAGGAUUCUUCGAUGAGGCUCGAUGAUUGGGUGCUCUGCCGGAUCUACAAGAAGCUGAACGCGCUGUCUCCUGCAGCAGCUGUACCAACGAUCAAUCUAGAUCAAGAAGAAGAAGAGUGUCUCAUCAGUGCUCAAGAUACCAAGUUACCGGGCCUGACUGGUGUCCCGAGCAAUAGUACCGGCAACACCCUCAUGUCCCAGAAGUCAUCAUCUUUCUCGAACUUGUUAGAUGCGAUGGACUACGCGAUGCUGAGCAGCUUCUUGUCCGAUAGCAGCACCCAGCUCAACAGCCUGUCCUGUCUUGAGCCGUCCGAUUCGACCCUCACCCACGUGGUUGCUCCCAACACGGACCGCGAGCAUCACAUGGUCCCUGCUAUAAGCCCAUCAGGCCCGGUGAUCCAGAAUGCACUGAAGAGGCAGCGUGCUGGCAUCGAGGCUGAAAUGUCCCACCCCUCGAAGAAAUUCCCUGGCCCGACCUGCAGCUUCCUGACCAGCGGAGCUGCUGGCACCCAGUUUGACGUCCCGGGACAGUACAACUACAUGUUCAACACCCACUCGUAUCUGAACCAACAGCUGCUUCUCAGCCCGAAUGUCCCAUUCCUAGGAUGAACAUGCCCAGGGGCCAACAAUUUGGAGAGAACGAGGAAAUGAAUUAGGACUAGAAGAAUUAUAUUGGGAGCGAAAAAAAUUAAAAUUUAAAAAUUAAAAUUAAGAAAUCGGUCGAUCGAUAUAAGUUGAAAAUAUGUACAGGGGAGUUUGCAUGCAUAUGAUUGAAUUUUUCCUUCCCUUAGGAAGUGGAAAUUGAUUGGUGGUAGGUUUUAUUAUUAUGGAAAUUUUCCAAUGUAGACCCCAAUUUCAAGUCAAUGAACUUAGAACCAAAUCAAAUGCAGUUGGAACAUUUAAUCGAA